CCGACCCCUCCCGACAAGAUGGCCGCGGGCGUGCAGGAGCCCCCCGCCUGAGCUUCUCCCGGCUCCUCCGCGUUCUGCAGCCUCCUCGGCCGCCGUCUGCCGCCCCAAGUGCGGGCAUGGAGGCGCAGCCUCCCGCGGUGGCCAUGGCGUUCGAGGAGCACGGGUUGGACAGUCUGGACCCGAGCCUCGCUUCGUCCAAUGAGUUCGACAACGUCCUGCUCAGCGAAAUCGACGAGAUGCUGCAAUACAUCAACACCCAGGAUGGUGACUUCCCUGGGCUGUUUGAUGGACAAUUAUCCACAAAUGGUGGCUCGGAUAAUAAAGGUUCCGUACAGCCCCGCUUGACCAUGGAGAGCACCUUCUCCCAGCCCAUGGCCCGCCAAGCCCAGCAGCAGCAACCAGUGGGAUUGCAUCACCCCAGCACCCAGCAAGCACAGCCCACGGGAGUGGUGCAGCCUUCACCUGCUUCUACACACACGGCUCCCACUUCACAGAAGCAGCUGCAGCUUACCAACACCCAGACCCAGAUCAUAUCCCAGCUGCCUCAGGCCACUCAGCAGAGGCAGCAGCAAGCGGUGGUUAUGACACAGAGCUUCGCGGCCAGCCCCACGCAGGUGCACAUCACGCAGCCCACCUUACUCAACUACUCCCCGCAAGGCACGCUUACAGCUGUACCAGCGCAGCAGCAGAUACAGACGGUCGUGAGCACGCCCUCCCUCCAGCCCGUCACCCUUCAGCACCACCUACACAGCGUCACGCCCACUCACCAGUUCCUCACCACUUCCGCUAGUCCCACCGGCAUCUCACCUCACGUGCAGCACGUCACUAUGACGCCCCAACACCUCACCAUGACCCCGCAGCAGGUCACCAUGACCCCACAGCACCUCACCGUUACCCCACACCAGGUCGCAAUGACUCCGCAGCAGUUCACCAUGACCCCACACCAGGUCACCAUGACCCCGCACCACCUGACCAUGACACCACAGCACGUGACAAUGGCGCCGCAUGCGCAGCAGCUGACCGUCUCGCCGCACAUGCACCAGACCAUCGGGCCGCAGUGGAGAUGUCAAAUCUCGUGUUCGCAGAUGCAGCAGGUGACGAUGUCACCCCAAGCGAUGUCGGUGAUGGUAUCCCCACAGCAAGUGCAGCAGGUCCACAACAUGCAGCAGGUCCACAACAUGCAGCAAGUGCAGCGUCUGGCUGUCAAUGCUGUCAGCAUGUCUCCACAGGUGCAGCAGGUGUCCUCUUUUACUAUGUUUCCACAGGUGUUACUGCAGCCCCAGAUCAUCAAAGCGGACUCUGUUCUACUGACGACACUCAAGGCAGACCCUGGCACGGUGGUGGGCACCCCAAAGGGACCUGGCAGUGGCGGCAGCGCAACAGCGCACGCCACACCUAUUCAGACGCUGAUGAGUGGAAACGCGAUCCUGACCACGAUGCCCAUGGUGGUGGACGCGGACAAGCUGCCAAUCAACCGCCUGUCGGCGAGCAGCAAGCCCAUGGGGCUGCCCAACAAGGGGGAGAAGCGCACGGCGCACAACGCCAUCGAGAAGCGCUACCGCUCCUCCAUCAAUGACAAGAUCGUCGAGCUCAAGGACAUGAUCGCCGGCAGUGAGGGCAAGGUAACUAUCUCGGCGGGGCAGCUGAACAAGUCAUCGGUUCUCCGCAAGGCGAUUGAGUACAUCCGCUACCUGCAGCAGUCCAACCAGAAGCUCAAGCAGGAGAACCUUGUCCUCAAGAUGGCAGCGCAGAAAGGACACACCCUGAAGGAGCUGGUGGACGUGGGAAUAACUCCCAUGGACACGCUGGAGGGGACGCCCCUGAGCAGCGAUCUCAAAGCGGAGCCCCUGGGGCUGCCCACGCCACCCAACUCGGACGCCGGAAGCUCUCCCAACCGCAGCAACAGUCCCUUUUCGAGUGACUCGGAGCCAGACAGCCCCUACUACGACGACAGCAAGAUGCAGAUCAAGGAGGAGCCAGGCUCGCCCGGCGGGCUGACCAUGGUGGACCGCUCCCGCGUGCUGCUCUGUGGCUUCCUGUUCCUGUGCCUCUCUGUCAACCCACUCGGGUUCCUGCUGCGUGCCACAGGGCUGGUGUCCAACCAGAUGCACUACCCAGGCCGCAACAUUCUCUCGUUCAACGAUGGGCCCGAGAGCUGGUGGGACUGGCUGAUGCCGACAUUGCUGCUGUGGCUGGUGAAUGGGGUGCUGGCUCUGGCUGUCCUGGCGCGGAUUCUCGUGUACGGCGAACCGGUGAUGCGGCCACAUUCGCCUGCCGCACUGCUCUUCUGGAGGCAUCGGAAGCAGGCUGACAUGGACCUAGCCAGGGGGGAGUUUGUCGCGGCUGCCGAGAACCUGCGUGUGAGCUUGAAAGCGGCGGGCCGUCCACUGCCGACCUCGCCGCUCGAUCUCGCGUGCAGCCUGGGCUGGGGCCUGCUGCGGCACCUCCUGCAGCGUGCGGGACUGGGCCGCUGGCUGGCUUGCCGUGCCGGCUCGUUACGCGCCAACCCUGGGGCCCGUGCCGACGCGUGCAAGGGCAUGCGCGACGUCGCACUCGUCUACCACAAGCUGCACCAGCUGCACAUGACGGGCAAGCUGGAGGAGGGCCACGCCUGGGCAGUGACCGUGGCGCUGAGCGCUGUCAACCUUGCAGAAUGCGCGGGCGAGACCCUCCCAGCCGACACGCUCGCCCAAGUCUAUGUCACGGCCGCCCUACGCAUCAAGACCAGCUUUCCACGCCGCACGCACUUCCUGGCCCGAUACUUCCUGAGCGGUGCACGGCAGGUGUGCCUGAACCAGUCGGGCACAGUGCCACCCGCUAUGCAGUGGCUGUGCCACCCGCUGGGCCACCGCUUCUUUGUGGACGGUGGGUGGUGCGUUCGCAGCCAGCCCCUGCAAAGCUGCUACUCCACGUCGGCUAAUCUGGUGGACCCCCUGGCACAAGUGGCUCAGGCUUUCCGGGAACACCUGCUUGAACGAGCGUUGGGAACCAUUUUCCGGCCAGGCGAUGGCGAGCAGGGUCCAUGCGAGCCCGGGGAGUUCUCAGAAGCACUGCAGUACCUGCAGCUGCUCACGGAGUGCGCCAAUGCGGCCGUCGUGACCAAGCAAACCUACGCCAUCGGCUCCAACAUGACCGCCGUCACGGGCAUGGAUCCGGUGGCCAAAUGGUGGGCGGCCGUGGUGAUGGUGGCCAUUCAUUGGGUGCGUGGCGACGACGAGGCGGCCGAGAGGCUCUACUCCGUCGCCGAGUGCCUCCCCUCCGAGCUGAAGCUGGCGCGGAGCGUGCUGCCGCAGGCCGUGCUGCUGGCCAUGCAGGCUUGCCGGGCCCUGCUCAUAGGCCGCAAGGACCACUGUGACGCCUGUCUGGCCAUGUGCGAGUGCGCUGGCGGCCUCCUGCGGGAUCACCUGGCCGUGGCUCUGCACUGCACGCAAGGGCCCAUCGACAAGGCCAUGGCUCUGCUUGUGUGCGACAUGCUGCUGAGUACACGUACGCAUGCGUGGCAAAAGACGGCAAGCGCCCAGGCCGCUGCGGGCACCUCGCCGCCCGCGGAGAUGCGGGGCUUCCAGCAGGACCUGACGAGCUUGCGCCGCAUCGCGCAGGGCUUCCCGCCCGCGCAUAGGAAGAUGUUUUUGCACGAGGCCACCGCGAGACUGAUGGCGGGCGCCUGCCCAACUCGCACGCAGCGUCUUCUCGACAACAGCUUGCGCCGGCGCGUCACUCCUGCCACCACCGCGAAAGAGAGCCGCGAGUGGGACAGCCAGCCGGGGCAGCGCGAGCGCGCCUCCGCCCUGGUGAUGGCGUGCCGCUACCUGCCACCCUCCUUCCUGUCUGCGCCGGGCGAGCGCGAGGCCAUGCUGGCCGAGGCCGCGCGUGCAAUGGAGAGCGCGGGGGACAAGCGCGGUCUGCGCGAGUGCCAGAAGCUGCUGCUGCGUCUGGGCAGCGGGAGCACGCUUACCAACUAGGCUGCACGUUCACACGCACCUUCACACGAUCCCUCUGCACACGGUUGAGCACCCCAAAAGCUGUCCACAAUUUCCACCUUCUGUAAUACAACCAACUUGACCGGCCAUUCAACCUCAUACCCGGGUCCAACAGCAUUACAAUGUCUCGCCGUGUCUGUUAGCUUUGAAACAUCCGAGCUGGGCUCUCGUGUUGUUCAGCACAAAUAGGUCGUGAUGCUUUCAGUAAAGUCACGUAGGUAUAAAAUAAAAUAAAUCACGACGUUUCGAUUGCAACACAAGCAACCAUCAUCAGGUGGGAAAACCACAGCAACGAAUUGUAUUUAUUUUAUUUUCUACCUACGUGACUUUACCGAAAGAACCAAAGAGUAUGGAUUUCUGCAGUCACGAAAGCUUCAAAUCUAGAUAGGUCAUGAUGCUCCGAGCGGUGAGUUUUGGCGGUGCUGCCUCCAGCAGGUUCAGAGGUGGCAAGGUGAAGGGACCGACAGGGCCAACUUGUGAGGGUGCAAGCGGAGAUGGAGGUGCCCAAAUAGGGGACGCUUCGUGAGUGCUACCGAGACAAACGCCGCAAAGAUAAGCCGAGGUUAUAGGUAAAAUGUGCCUCAGCUGUUGAGCUCCCAAGUGAUGGCCCGAUGCAUCUGCGCCAACUAUCGCCCCUCGACUACAACCACCCCGAUCACCUCCCAUUCGACCGGCCACUCUAAAAAAUAUGUUUUGCGUUCCCCUCUUGUGCUACCCCACACAAAGACAGCAGCAACAACAACUGCCAAUCAUCGAUCGAUGAAUGCCCAUUGCGAGUGUAUAUGUAGGCUACAGAGACAAACUACUCAAUUGAGUAAGUCGCACGGCAACAUCUCCGUUACUGGCAGACUACCCAGCUGUGAAAUGGCGCAUUCAUGAUUGUCGUGUCCUUUCAGAAUGGCGCAAAUGUCUCAAAUAUUCUAAUUAUUAAACCGGAAAUGUUAAACACCUGCACUGCAUGCACCCAUGAUGAAGUUGCUGCUGCACCUUCACAGCCUUAUGUUUACAGUGCACCUAUCCUGUCAGCAUUCCCAGCUGUGCUUACGAACUUACACCGUGACUGACGCUUUCCCCCUCCUUAGCCGACAUGCCCUCACGCUGGGGACCAUGUCGGUUACUUCGAUGUAAAUAUGUAAAGAUUUACACCAUCGUGAGAUUAUCCCCCCCCCCCCCCACACAAAGCAUUCACCUGGCCAGGUGCAGCCAAGUGGGGCAUGCGAGCGGCGUGGCGUUUUGGUAGAAAUUUGAUUCACAAGUGCAGUGUGAAAUAUCCACACGCAGGACAGCAGCUGCCGUGAUGCACCCUCCCAGUUUUAACUUGGCAUUGUGAUUGAGGUGCUAAUGGUUAAACAUCGCAGCGGCUUUUCAUCGUACUUUUUGUGAACGCCGUGUAGUAGGGAGGUUACAUUGAUGCAUGUUGUUUGACAGUUUUGUCCCAGGUUUUAACUUAAAUUAUUUAAUUACUGGAGCACCAGCCAAGGAUAUUUACAAUUUAGUUAUGGAAAGUACAUAAGGUGUUUUUCAUUGGAAUAUUUUAAUAGCGAAUUCUGAUUGGCUAUGCCUGGGCUCUUAAUGUGCGAAAACGGACGUGGACUUAAAAUUCACUGCACUUAGUUGUUGGAUUUGUGAAAUUAAUGUAGCACGAGCAAUACUUGGUUUAAAUUUAACCUGAUUAUCCCAUUGUACUACAAAGAAGCCGACAACCUUUACUACAUUAUGCAAUUUGCCAGAUGGUUUUUUUCCCAAGGUGUGUAUAAAAAAAAAGUUGGCAAUUCAACUAACAAAAAAAUAAGCUAUCACUAAAUGAAGGUUAAUUCUACUCGUUUAGAUGCGGUUAAUAGUACUUACAGCUUUAAUUGUAAAAUAUACAACUGAGUAAUUUUGUAUUGUAGAUUAGGGUACUUUUAUCAGAGUUAUUUUAUACUGCAGGUUCCUAGAUAGAUAUUAGUAUGGUUGUUAGGUGAUGUGUAUGCGAGUUCUAGAUGGGUUCAGUAAUAUGUUAAUUGUUUUAUGCUCCUGUGUGUGACCCAUAGCAGCCUUGACCCUUUUAGGCCGCAUGUGGCUCGCUCGCCAGGCAGGCACGAAAGGGGAUUGGCUCCUGUAUCUAGGUAAUGAGGUCCCUGUAUGAGAUACAAGUUCACACGGAGCCCUUUGUCAAUUCACUGCUGAAUGAGUGCCCUUCCCCACACUUUAUUUUACCGUGCUUGACACGUGAUCAUUGCUGGCUGAAGGCAGGGAGCACAGACACGGGAGUGGAGGAGUACGGCACGGAUGCCCUCGAUUUACAAAAAGGGGCGUGUUCCUUAAAAAAAUCGCGUAAAAGGAAAUGUUUAAAUCUGAACGGCUCUUCCCAUGAAUGUUAUAAAAAAAAUUAGGGAAGUGUUUUGGACAGUCAUUCCAACUCUACUACUCGCCAACAAAUAUACACCGUCUAUAUCACUUAACACAAAAAUAAGGAAUGGAAACAUGAACGAUUGAUUAAUAAGUAAUAUAAAAUGACAACCUGCGUGUUGGAAUGACUGGCAAGCUGAUGGCUGUGGAGGCGACGCAAUCGCGGAUGGAUCACGACGCAGCCUCCCGGGUGCUUGUGAAAUGUCGUGCAUCGAAAAGUAUCCGUAAUUGGUCAAUGUUUUUACCGCGAAUGUUUGCAACCCGAAUGCUGGUGAAUCGAGGGACACCUGUACAACGAUGGGUAUUGCUGCACAGCCCCUUGUCCACCACGUAGCCUCAUAGCUCCUAUGACAACUUGUUUAUGACGUAUGGUGAUCUCCCAUCCAAUCUCCAAGCUCAAGUCUGCUGAGCUUCCAAGCUCUGAGGAGGUCAGGCACAUCAGGCAGAGUUGGUCACAUGUCAGAGAUUUUAUUAAUACACACGGUGCCUCCUGCAGAAAAAAAAAUCAGCGUUAAGUUGGUGGGGUUUUCUUUGAGUACGUUAUUUUCCCUGGGAAAAGGUUAAAAUAUAUCAAAGUUGUCAACUGCAGCAUUGUAUGUUUAUUCUGAAUAAAACAGGUCCAAUGGUUUAAAUAUA